UUGGCGUUAGCAUGACGCUUACAGGCGACGUGACAAAGCACCAAUAGUCCAGAGUCCACCUACACUCAUUUAAGAAGUUUUUCUUCCGUCACGUGAUACUUUAGACUCGUCUUUUUAAGUCCUUGACACAUAACGCGGCCUUUAAUGGGUCUUCAUAUUAUGACGCAGCAGUUUUUCCGUGUUUCCUGCUCCGUGCUGUUUACGGAUAGUGUUUAUUGAAGACGAUAAUCCGGUCACAAGACUCUGACGCUGCUGAUGAUCGUCGUUUAACUGCUUCACUGGUAAAUGCAUUAUCAAACAGCAGAUCAACCAGUUUUAAUCACCUGAGGACAUGGAAACCUCAGGAUACCUCAGCAACAGCUUUGACGGCCUUCAUUCAAAUGAUGAAGAUGAUGAUGAGAUGGUUGACAUUGCGGGGGCCACGCUGGACUUCUCCUCCUCUGAUGAUGUUCCUCCUCUCUGCUCAGGUGACUUUGAUGAAUUCAGCAGCAGAAGAGUGAGUAUGAACGGUCAUGGACCCAGUCAAAUGGUGGAUCCACUGGACGACCCACUGCCUGGGGUCGGAACCUACGAGGACUUUAACACCAUCGACUGGGUCAGAGAGAAGAGCAAAGACCGGGACAGACACAGAGAGAUCACUCAUAAGAGUCGAGAGUCGACGGUGGCUCUGCUGCUCAGAAUCAGUGAUGCCUUUUCUGGAUGGUUACUGAUGCUGCUGGUGGGACUGAUGGCAGGUGCUCUGGCCGGAGGCAUUGACAUCGCUGCCCACUGGCUGACGGACAUGAAGGAGGGUGUGUGUCUGAACGGCUUCUGGUUCAACCACGAACACUGCUGCUGGACAUCCAGCGAGCCCACCUUCCAGGAGAGAGACCGCUGUCCUCAGUGGCAGAGCUGGGCCGAGCUCUUCUCUGGAACAUCAACGGGGGCGUUAGCCUACAGCUUGAACUACCUGAUGUACAUCCUGUGGGCUCUGCUCUUCUCCUUCCUGGCUGUGACUCUGGUCCGAGCCUUUGCUCCAUACGCAUGUGGCUCAGGAAUACCUGAGAUCAAAACCAUCCUGAGUGGCUUUAUCAUCAGAGGCUACCUGGGGAAGUGGACCCUCAUCACCAAGACCAUCACCCUGGUCUUGGCCGUGUCCUCGGGCCUCAGCCUGGGGAAAGAGGGCCCUCUAGUGCACGUCGCCUGCUGCUGCGCCAACAUCCUGUGUCACCUCUUCACCAAGUACAGAAAGAAUGAGGCCAAGAGACGAGAGGUGUUGUCAGCAGCAGCAGCUGUUGGAGUGUCUGUGGCUUUUGGUGCACCUAUAGGAGGAGUUCUCUUCAGUCUGGAGGAGGUCAGCUACUAUUUCCCUUUAAAGACGUUAUGGCGUUCCUUCUUUGCUGCCCUGGUCGCUGCCUUCACUCUUCGCUCCAUCAACCCCUUUGGGAACAGUCGCCUGGUACUCUUCUACGUCGAGUUCCAUGCUCCAUGGCACCUGGUGGAACUGGCCCCCUUUAUUCUGUUGGGGAUCUUCGGAGGCCUGUGGGGGGCGCUGUUCAUUAGGGCUAACAUCGCCUGGUGCAGGAUACGUAAAACAACCCGUCUAGGUCAUUACUCCGUGGUGGAGGUGGUGUUGGUGACGGGGCUCACCGCCCUGUUGGCCUUCCCCAACAGUUACACCAGGAUGAGUGGAUCUGAGCUCAUCUCUGAGCUCUUCAACGACUGCACACUUUUGGACUCUUCUCAACUGUGUGGCUACAAACAGCUCCCCAACAUCUCAGACACUGGUGUAGGAAACACUCUGGGAGACCGUCCAGCAGGUGAAGCUCUGUACACUGCCCUGUGGCAGUUAGCUCUGGCUCUGCUCUUCAAGAUGAUGAUCACCGUCAUCACCUUUGGCAUGAAGGUCCCGUCUGGACUCUUCAUCCCCAGCAUGGCGAUCGGAGCCAUCGCUGGGCGACUGCUGGGCGUGGCCAUGGAGCAGCUGGCCUACUACAACCAUGAUUCGCUGAUCUUCAAAGGCUGGUGUUCUCAAGGAGCCGACUGCAUCACCCCAGGACUUUAUGCCAUGGUUGGAGCCGCAGCCUGUCUAGGGGGUGUGACUCGUAUGACUGUGUCUCUGGUGGUCAUCAUGUUUGAACUGACUGGAGGUCUGGAGUACAUCGUUCCUCUCAUGGCUGCUACCAUGACCAGCAAGUGGGUGGCUGACGCUUUUGGAAGAGAAGGAAUCUAUGAGGCUCACAUUCGUCUGAAUGGUUACCCGUUCCUGGAGCCAAAGGAAGAGUUUGAACAAAGCAGCCUGGCUGUGGACGUGAUGAGGCCCAGGAGGGCUGACCCAGCUUUGGCCACGCUCACUCAGGACGGUAUGAACGUGGGAGAGGUGGAGGCGUUGGUGGAGAGCACUCACUACAGUGGUUUUCCAGUGGUGGUCUCUCAGGAGUCUCAGAGACUUGUAGGGUUUGUCCUCAGAAGAGACCUGCUCAUCUCCAUUGACAAUGCUCGAAAGCGUCAAGAGGGCGUGGUCAGUGCAUCUCAGGUGGUCUUUACUGAACACACUCCACCCCUCCCUCCUGAAGCCCCGCCCCCUCUGCGUCUGAGAGGAAUCGUGGACCUGAGUCCCUUCACUGUCACUGACCACACAGCUAUGGACAUCACUGUGGACAUCUUCAGGAAACUGGGACUGAGACAGUGUCUGGUCACACACAACGUGAGGCUUCUAGGCAUCAUCACCAAGAAGGACAUUCUCAAACACAUGGCCCAGAUCUCCAACAGAGACCCAGACUCCAUCCUCUUCAACUGAUCUUCAUCAGCUCGAUCUUUUCUCCUUCUUCUAAUGUAGCUCCUCCAUAGCGCCUCCUUUGGAGAUCAGGUCUUUGUUGGGUCAGAUCUGUUCCUGAUCGUGUUCAGGUCUGGACCUGAUCUGAUUCAAGAAAGAAAACUCUCCAGGAACCUCCUGGUCUAUCGCUACUUCUCAUCUUCUGCCCCUUCCUGUUGGGACCCUCCCCACAGUUCCCCCCAUAGAGACCUGGGUUCCUGGAGAACCUGGGAGAACCUCCUGCUGGCCCUUGGUCCUGUUCGUCUGCUCCUGUGGAGCAAAGGAUGAGAACCCACCUGUGACCAAACACACCUUCAUCUCCUCAUGUCAAACCGACAGAGAAAGAAGCCAAAUGAAAUCAGCAGCUUUUUGCACAAACAGAAAUGAAGUUUUUUUUUUUUUUCUUUAUUUGUUCAACAAAAUGUGAAAAAAACUGAGACCUUCUGAUGGAGAAGGUUUCUUCAGGAGGAACGUCUGUGGAAUACGGAUUGUCCUCAUCUUCUGCAUGAACACUCCCUGAGAAUCCUCUCCUCACAGGAGGUACCGGAGGAGGAAGAGCUGAAGAUAAUCCUGCUUUCACACAAAAGGAGAUUAGGAAAACUUUUGGAGAACGUCAGUGUCUGCCCUGCAGCAUCUCAGCGAGUCCAGACACAGAAGCAUGAGCUGAUGGAUGAUGAUGCUCCUGCUCCUCCUCCUCCUCCUCCGCCUACUACUACUGCUACUCUUCUUCCUCCUCUCAGCCCCAGGCUGAAGAGAAGAGCAGUGUGAGAAGAUGGAUCUUCAUCUCACACACACACACACACACACACACACAUGUUCAAACACUCCACCGUGUGACCCUCUGAGCCCGAGGAUCUUCCGUCCUGGAAUCUGUGCUUCUCUUUGUUUGUUUGUCAAAAGGUUAAAAUCAUCACAGCUGAAAAUAAUUUAUAUGAAAAUGUAAAAAUAAUAAUAAUAAUAAUGUUUGUUUGUCUUUUUCACUAAAUUAUGUAAACUUUGAA